CAAAAAGCGCAAAAUCUGACUGUGAAUGAGUGACAAGAUUAAUAUGCAAUGGUUUUCUAAUACAUUUUACCUGAUUGAUUGAUUGUUUAUUGUUGCAAGUAAACAACAAAGGAGAAGGGAUCGGAGCAUGCCAUUCAAACUAUAUAAAAUUUGGCAAAAAAGAGAAAAGAAAAGAAAGGAAGAGGAGAUGUCAAGAAAUUUGGAAACUCAAAAGACCCAGACCGAGAAAGACAGACCCGGAAAAAGUUACAUGAGGGAGUGCCGUUAUAAAGGCAAGACUCCCGACUACCGACAACUCACUCAGGAUGAAGUGCUUAACAAAGUGACGCAGUACUGAAAAGUGUAAGUGAAAAAGAAGAAAAGAGGAACGAAAGGAAGAUACAAAGCGUCACAGGUCAAAAGAAGAAGAAGAAGACCACGAGAAGGACGGAAGUGGACAGGAAGGAAAAUUACGCUGGCGGCCCACCACGUGUUCGCCUGCUGAGUCCUCUCCAACAUGGCAGAACGCGGUUUGGCCGCUGUCGGAGAGGAAAGGAGUGAAGAGAGUAGAGGCGAGGAGAAGAUGAAGACCCUCGGGGAGCUUCAACAGGAACUGGACUUUCAUAUCAAGCCCAGCGAAGCCAAGGUGGAGGCACUCGACGCCUCACACUGGCCGCUGCUGCUCAAGAACUUCGACAAGCUCAGUGUGCGGACUUGCCACCUCACUCCGCUGACCUCUGGGUGCUCACCACUGAAGCGCGACAUCACCGAGUACAUCAAGUCUGGCUUCAUCAACUUGGACAAGCCCGCCAACUGCUCGGCCCAAGAGGUGGCGUCCUGGGUCAAGGGUAUCCUGGACCUGGGGAAGAUAAGUCACUCGGGGACGCUGGAGCCCAAGGAGACAGGUGGGUUAUGGAGGGCCUUAAUAGACUAA